AUGACAGAAUCAAAGGACAUUGAUAGAGAAUGGAGACCACCCGGCGAGAACGAUAAAAGGUCACCGUGUCCCGCACUAAAUAUUUUGGCGAACCAUGGAUAUUUACCGCGUGAUGGUAAAAAUUAUACACCUGAACAAAUGCGUGAUGCAAUGCAACAACAUUUUAACGUAUCAAAGGGAUUCGCUUAUACGCUAGCAAAAGUAUCGACGUUGCUACUUGGUGAAAAUGGGAAGUUAUCAUUAGACCAACUCAAAGCCCAUAACGUAAUAGAACAUGACGCGUCACUCUCACGAAAAGAUGCCAAUCUCGGUGACAACUCAAAGAUCGACCGAGAAUUAGUCGACCAACUGGUGUCCUUACACGUCAACGGAAAGAUUAAUGCAGACUCGUUGGCAAAUGCACGAAAUAUUCGUAUAGAUCAGUGUGUGAAAGAAAACAAAGAGUUCACAUACGGAUUAAGACAGAGAGCGCUGUCGUUUGGUGAGUCGGCGCUUUUGCUCAUGACAUUUGGUGGAGAGAAAAAAGAAAUUAGUGUGGAUGAUUUAAAGUGCAUUCUUCUCGAAGAGAAGCUUCCAAAGGAUUGGAAGCCGAGUGAGAAGGCAAUCACGUUUUGGAGUUUAAACAAAUUUGGGAGAGAUCCAGAAGAAGCAAAAAGCAUUUAA